AGAGAGAGAGAGAGAGAGAGAGAGAGAGAGAGAGAGAGAGAGAGAGAGAGAGAGAGACCAUCUUUCCUCUCUCACAACCCAUCUUCCGUUCGCUCGGAAGAGACCGCAGCGCGAGCCGUUUCUUUCGGCAUCUUUUCUUUUUUUCACCCCCUCCUCCUCCUGCUGUUCUUACUGCAUCCCUCCGUUGUUGUCGGUCUCUCGGUUUAAAGGAGAAACCGGAGAGCCCGGGAGUGGUUUUGUGGAAAUACAUUUUUCGCAUUUUUUCCCUGCUGAGUGUUGGUAGCGCGCAGUUGGUGCGCGCUUUCGCAAAAUUCCGGUGAAUGGUGGAUUUGGCAAACAUGGAGACUGUGGAGAAGGAAUGCGGGGCCCUCGGGGGUCUAUUCCAGGCGAUUGUCAACGACAUGAAGUGCUCCUAUCCUGUGUGGGAGGACUUCAGUGCCAAGGCCACCAAGCUGCAUUCCCAGCUCCGAACCACUGUUCUGGCUGCCGUGGCCUUUCUGGAUGCCUUUCAGAAGGUGGCAGACAUGGCUACCAACACCAGAGGGGCAACCAGAGAUAUCGGUUCAGCUCUGACCAGGAUGUGCAUGAGGCAUCGCAGCAUUGAGGCCAAACUUCGCCAGUUCACCAAUGCUUUGAUGGAGAGUCUGAUCACUCCUCUCCAGGACAAGAUUGAGGACUGGAAGAAGACAGCCAACCAGUUGGAUAAGGAUCAUGCCAAAGAGUACAAGAGGUCACGCCACGAGAUCAAGAAGAAGUCAUCUGACACCAUGAAACUACAGAAGAAGGCUCGUAAAGAGAUCCAGGGGCGAGUGGACCUGCAGCCUCAGCUGGACAGUGCCAUGCAGGAUGUGACUGACCUGUGUCUGCUGAUGGAGGAGACAGAGAAGCAGGCAGUGCGUCGGGCCCUGGUGGAGGAGAGGGGUCGCUUCUGCACAUUCAUCGGCUUCCUUCAGCCUGUCGUGAACGGAGAGAUCGCUAUGCUGGGAGAGAUCACCCACCUCCAGGCCAUCAUUGAUGACCUCACUGUGCUGACAACCGAUCCUCACAAACUGCCCCCAGCAAGUGAACAGGUGAUUAAGGAUCUGAAGGGCUCAGAUUACAGCUGGUCCUAUCAGACUCCUCCUUCAUCCCCCAGCAGCUCUGGCUCCCGCAAGAGCAGCAUGUGCAGCAGCGUCAACAGCGCCCACAGUAGUGCCUCCCGUUCGUCAGGGGGAGGCGGUAGUGGUGGUAUUGGUGGAGGGGGUGGAGGCUCCCAGCCCCAUUCACCCACCUCAUCUUCCUCCUCCUCCUCCUAUCGCUACCGCAGCAGCCUGCCGCAUCAGCCUCCGCCACCGGGGGGCAUCGCUGCCCACCGCCUCAGCAGCGUCUCCUCCCACGAUUCGGGCUUUGUGUCCCAGGAUGCAAACAUCUACUCCAAGCCCCCCUCGCCCAUGCCCUCGGACAUCACUAGCCAGAAGUCCUCCAGCUCAGCAUCGUCAGAGGCCUCAGAAACAUGCCAGUCAGUCAGUGAAUGCAGCUCCCCCACCACUUUUGGCACGUCCUUCGCUACCUUCCGCCCUGCUCUCUCUCACUCUGGCUCCACCAGGCCUCUCUCUGUCAUUCUUCCUGCGUCCCCACCCUAUAACUGCCCCCCUGGAUCCAGCUCCUCCUCUCCCACAUCAAAGGUUCCUAUGUGGAAGGAUUGGUCCAAAGCAGGUCAGUAUGAGCAGCCGGUGGCAGCAGCAUCAGUUCAGAGGAGAAAGGAACCUCUCGAUAGGCUGAGGGAGAACGAGAUGUCGCCCAGCUCCCAUGGAUACGCUGGGCCAUCGCACACUGAUGACGCACAGAGACACAGGAUGACCCCUGCUACCAUCGCUGCCAAGCAUGGAGAGGAGGUCUCUCCCGCAGCCAGUGACCUGGCCAUGGUUCUGACCAGAGGGCUGAGCAUGGAGCAGCAGAAAAGCAACAGAGACUCCCUGCAGUACUCCAGUGGCUACAGCACAGAGACCACAACCCCAUCCUGCUCCGAGGACACAAUUCCUUCACAAGGUUCAGAUUAUGACUGCUACUCAGUGAAUGGUGACACUGAAGGUCCAGAUGGUCAGACAGAGUUUGACAAGUCCUCCACCAUUCCUCGCCACUCUAACAUCGCCCAGAACUACCGGCGAAUGAUCCAGACCAAGAGGCCAGCCAGCACAGCCGGCCUACCCAGUGGGGUUCUUGGUCCCGGGGGUCAUGGAGUUCAACCUGGUGGAUCUGGUGGAGGUGGAGGUACUCCGGGCACUGCCACCAUCCGUCGAACCCCGUCUACCAAACCGGGCGUGAGGCGCACACUGUCCAGCGCGGGGCCUAUCCCCAUCCGACCACCCAUUGUACCUGUCAAGACACCCACUGUUCCCGGAGACUCGCAUUCACCUGGCGCAGCUGGUGGUGGAUUCGCAGGUGGAGGGCACUCGGGUGGCGUGCCUGUGCGUGUGGGCAGCGAGGAGUGUGUCUUCUUCACUGGAGUCGAGGAUGCACAGGGAGCGCUCGAUUACGUCAAGGCAUCACCAAAGCGCCUCAGCCUGCCUAACACCGCCUGGGGAUCAGGGGCGGCGUUAGAGGUCUACGCCCAGCAGCACGGAGGCCUUGCAAUGGGAACAGGCUCAGGGGCCGGAUCAGAGGAGGAUCAGAUGAUCGCGGCAAAUCGACACAGCCUAGUGGAGAAGAUCGGUGAGUUGGUAGCCAGUGCCCACGCUCUUGGAGAGGGGCAGUUUCCUUUCCCUGCCCUCCCCGAUGACCCAGCCCUGCCGCAAACUGGCCCCACCGACACUCAGACAGGCACAGAGGAGGCAGAAGGGUCCGGUGACAUGUUGACCACCAUCAGGAGAGGAGUCCGCCUUCGCAAGACCGUCUCCAAUGACCGCUCUGCGCCGCGCAUCUUGUGAUGGGAGAAGAAGCAGGAAGACGAUGAUACUUGUCAGCCAAUAGGGAGUCAGGUGUUGGUGUGGUGCAACCCAACCGCCUAGUACAUACACAAACACUUAACUAUGUAGUUAAAGCUCUAAUAUAACAGAAGAUGAAUGAAAACAUACACAGAAAAUACGUUUAAAGACACCAUUAGAGUAAAUGAUAUAUAAUAUAACAAUAACAAUAAUAAUAAUAAUAAUAAUAAUAAUAAUAAUAAUAAUAAUAAUAACAUUAAUAAUGUUAACUCAUGCUGACAAUUAAGUGAAAUAUUGAAUAUUGACAGGCUCCUAGCAGGCCACUAUAACUAGUGUGUGAUAGACGCAUGUUUGUCUUCUGUACACAUCCACCCAGGGACGAAAAGACUUGCAGGAAAAACAGAUAUGAUUAAAAAAAAAAAGGCAAAGAAAGAGAGAAAGACUGGGUUUUGUUUGUCAACUUACACCCUUCCCCAUCCUCUUCUCCAACUAACCCGACUGUCUAUAUCCAGAGGAAAGACUGAUGACUGAAGGAGGGCCCUGCGGGGGUGAGAGAGAGAGGGGGGUCAGAGUGCCAUGUGAAGCUGGAUUAGAACCCAGGCUGUCUCAGCAGCAACAUACUGUACUUAUUAGCCCACUGAACUGAAGAUGUGGUAUUAGCACGGGGAGCUAACAAGCCAGAGGGAUCCUCUGGUUCAUCCUAAUGUAAAAGAGUCUUUAAAAAAAUAUUGUUGGCAUUGAACCGUGCUAUACCCCCUUUCCCUCUCUCUCUCUGUGCGUGUAGUGUGUGAGUGCAUUCUUGUGUGUGGGCAAAUGUGAAAUAUGAUUUUGUGUGUGUGUGUGUGUGUGUGUGCGCGUGAUUGAUUGUGCAUGUGUGUGCGAGGGGGGUGGGUAGAGCUCUGCUGCAGGACAGCUGGUUACUCAAUGAGGGCAGGGCUUUUCUCCUGUGUGUUGUACGUGUAUUAUCUUGUUUAUAUCGUGACGUCAUUUACCUUGUUACAACUGUACCAGAAGUUACGAGAAGUAAUCCAGGCUUAUAGAUAUAUUCAUAUAUAUUUUCUAGAACCAGAGAGAAAAUGUUAAAUCAGAAAUGGAGCAAUAAAUGUGUUUUAUUUUCUUGUUUCCAAGAAGAAGGAGGAUUGUAGGUUCUCCUAUGUCACAUUCAGGCAAUCAUCAGGAAUGCUAAAUUAGGCGUGUCUCUCUCCCGGUCCCUGUCUCUUUCUGGUGGAGGAAAUGGAUUACAAAAAUGGAAGAAAAAAAAGCACUUUGAUAGGUGGUAGAGUAUGUACAAUAGCCACUAGGUGUUGCUGUAGUCAUACUGUAUGUUAGGGAGAGUGAAAGUGAGAGAGACGGUUGCCAAUAAGGCUGUGUCCUGAGAAAAUUAUUUAAUUGGAAGAUGAAGAAGAAGAAGAAGAAGAAGACAGGGAGGGACAAAGAGGAAGUGAUGAAGACUGGUGGAAUUGGAGGAUUGGUCAAAUAAGAUGGGAUAAGAAAGUAGAGCAACAUAUUUAUCUGAGAAUGGAUAGGACAUCAGGGCUCUUCAGGGUUUUACAAGCCAUCACCUGCUGUGGAUUAGGAAUAGUGCUGAAGCUUUGUAUGUUGUGGUUGCACUGGUAUCUGAACACAUAAUGCAAAAAAUACACCGCACCGAUAGGUCAGACUACUUUUGGAAAUAGGCUUUAAAGGGUUGGUUGGGUAGCCAUGCAAAUAGUAAUUAGAACUAAUUAGAAGUAAUUAGAACUACUUUCUAUGGUAGUGAUAGUCCCUCAAAAACUGACAGCACAUUUAAUAGAUUACCAAAGGGAUGCAUUAGUGUUGAAUUUUUUAAAUGCCAUUUCUCAAUACUGUGAGCAUGAUAAAUGAAAUUCCAUUCACAUUCAUUGUAUUGUGUUGAAGGCAGAAAUUUGAAAACCUGGAUAGAUAAACCCAAAACUAUCAACAAGCCAUUGUGGAGCAACAGCGUGGGAAAAAAUAUGGUUAUUUGUAACUUGGGGUCAAAAACACUUAAACAACAGUGGAUUUAUGGAAUAUAUAUGCAGAUGUAGAUUAUGUUCAUUGGAUAUACAUUUGUGUGGCAUACAUAUUGUGGAGUUUUCAACAUUGGAUGCUGUGGGACUGUAUUUCCAAUGUCUAAAAUAAUGUAUAUUACAAAGUAGUAUUCAUGUUGAAGUUCAUGUGCAAAUAGAGAUCAGCACACCAGCUUAUCCGCAAAUAUAUUCUUACUUAUAAAUACGGUAUAUUUUUGCAUUAUGGGAAAGCUUGAACAUAGCUGAAAAACUCAGAUUGGCUCCAGUUACCUUCCUCCUUUACAAAAUGAACUACAACAAUCUCGAUUUUCAUUUAUAAUACACACCAUACAAAAACAAUAGGAGUUCUCUGAAAGAAACAAGUAAUGUACUACUAUUGCUGUUGAGUAAUGUGCAAUGAGUAAUUUAUUAAAUUUUUCAAGUAACUUGCCCAACACUGGUUACUAAUGAGCGGCGUCACCUGAAACGUAAGCAUUAGGCCAGCAUGUAUUCAGUCACAGUAAUCAGGUUCUUUUACUGAGUUUUGUGUGAACACUACACUACCCCAGAAUGGUUCAGCUCAGUUCAGUGCAAAUAACCCAGUUCAGCUCAGGACACACGGCUGUGUGAAAGGAUUAUUUAUGGACGUUAAGAUGUGAGAAAAGGUGAAGCCUGUUUGAUGUGCUCGCUGAUGACAAAGAAGGGUUUAGAAUUAGAUGUUUGAAGCCAACAGAGAGUGGAAGAUAAUGUGUGGUAUGAGCAUUUCACUGCCUGUUCAUACUAUUAUGAACUGUAUGUGCUGUAAUAGCAAAUGAGAAUUUAGGCGCACAGAUUUGGUAUAAAGGUAGAAAAUAUUACAUGGAAUAUUCAGUUUCAGUAUUAUUUUUUUCAUUCUGCAGAAUUGUUUGAAUAUUUAGUCUUACUUUUAAUUAAUGUACAAAAAAAAACAACAAGAAAAAAACACCAGUUGGGACACAAAUUACUAUGCUGUGUAACAUAUGGAUGUAGGAUGUGUGGGCCAAGAGUGAGUGUGUCCUUGUUUGGCUGGUGGACUCUUCAUCAACAUGUCUGUAUGUUCUUCUAGCAGUGACCCGAACACAGCUGGUGAUAUCAGCGCUCUUAAAAAGCCCUUUUUUAUUGACUUAUUUCUGAGCACUGUUUUAAACAUAUUUGUGGCUGUUUAAAUAGCAAAUUAAGAUGAUUUCAUUUUUAAGAGAUAGAGAGGAGAAUGCUUGCAAUUUUUUAAACAUUGUCACCCUCCGCCAGCACACUUUUUUUUGUUGAACUUUGAAACAGUGCUUCGGCAAGUGGGAUGUUUUAUUAUUUUUUGUCUGGGGGGAACUACUGUAUAUGUGUUGUCACAUGUGGAUGCUGUGUGUUGUAUCAGCUGAAAGUGACAGGGUGAGAGGGUGGAAUGGGAGAGCAGCAGGCUUGGACUCCAUCCCCCCUCCCCAAAGAAAACAUUUUUGGGUGAGAAAAUGUUCAUUCUGAAGAGUUUGUGUAGGACCGCCUGUCGAGGUCACACUGUACAUGAAUAUACGUACGUAUUCUGAAUGUACCGCGAGGUGAAGGUGGACAUCGAACUGUACAUGUUUGACUUGCUUGAACUAUUGCAAUGUCAGAACUUUGUGCUUGUUGCACAACUGUCGGAAAGCAAUACAGAGAUAGUGUGCAUGUACGUACAUUCACAAUGAUGUUCCAGUGUGGGUAUAUUAAAGGAAAAUACCACUGUUCUGUCCACUCUAUGAUACUUGUGUUCCCCAUCUAAAAGUAAAGAGACCCUUUCCAGUACGUCCAAGGACACUGCUUUGUAUGUGCUGUAUUCUAGUGCAAAUUGAAACAACUGAAUUCACUGCCAGUUACCUACAGGAAGUUGUUGCUUGAUUAAAGGGUUUGUAAUGCCCUGCAGGACAGACAUGCUGCUUAAUUCCAAAUGAUGGACAACAACUCAGGACAAGACCAGGACGCUAAAAUUGUAGGGUUCUCACAUUGAAUUAGACCAAGACAGUCAAAUCAAACUGCACACACUGGCUAUAGGAUGAGUGUGAGACACAGUACUGCUAUUUUCCUUUAAAAUGCCCCGUUAACAGCACAACAAGUUAUCUAACUAAACAAUAAUGUCUUUUUUAACAUGGUGAAUUAACUGUGUACUGAACUAACUGUCUGAACAAGCUGAAAUAACUACUCUGCUACAGAUGUGUCAA